GGGGGCGGCCCCAAAGGGCACCCGAAGCUUUUCAUUCCUCGCCUGCUCGGGAGCUGCUUCCCUCUCGCUCCACGCCAUGGACUGCGGCGUGAUCACCUCUAAGAGCGUCCUGCUGCUGCUCAGCCUCGCCUUCUGGGCAGCAGCAGCAGGUCUCACCUACGUUGGGGCCUAUGUCAUCAAUACCUACAGGAGCUAUGACAACUUUCUGCAGGACAAAUAUGCUCUCUUGCCAGCUGUGAUCAUCCUUGCCAUCGCUGUGGUCAUGUUCAUCAUCGGGUUGAUUGGCUGGUGUUCCACCUUCCGGGAGUCUCGCCUUGGUCUGGGGCUGUUUUUGGCCAUUAUCCUGAUUAUCUUUAUUGCAGAAGUAUCUGCUUUUGUCCUGGGAUUUGUGUACAGGGAAAAGGUGAAAACUGACGUGCAAGUCACAAUGCGCUCGGUCUUUGAGAAGUAUGAUGGGAAGAGUGCAGAGUCUACUGUUAUGGAUUACUUGCAAGAACAGCUUCAUUGUUGUGGGGUGAAGAACUACAGUGACUGGACCACCACACAGUGGUUUAAUGCCACUGGUAACAACAGUGUCCCCCUGAGCUGCUGCAGGCAGGAGAUGAACUGCACAGGGCGUCUGGAUCAGCCCCAGGAGCUCUACACACGGGGCUGUGCUGAUGAGCUGGAGUCUGGGCUGCAGAGUGUCAUCAGCUAUGCUAUGCUUGUCAUCCUGGGCUUUGCCAUUGUAAAGUUCUUUGGCAUGUUGAGUGUCUGUGUGCUGACCUGCAGGAGAGAAGACAGUGGAUACCAGCCUCUUUACUCAGGGGUGUUCGCUUAAUAGAACACACAGAUCACUUUUGCUUCCUGAAUGAUAAAAUAGGCUUGUAAAGGUGAAGGCUAAAAGACAAUUUAUGGCAUUCCUGCCAAAGAUUUUGUUUUCUGUACAUGAAACAGGAAGAACGUUGUGUAUUGACUUGGGAGAGUUUCUUGCAGGUGAUGUGGAAUGACAAUUUCAAUAUUCACUGCCCUAUGGUCGUAUAGCCUGAUCUUGCACACAGCAGCUUUCCAUCAGGAUAUUGUAGGUUGAGAUUUGUGACUUUGUGACACCAUCCAGACUCCAGAAGGACUUUCCUCUGCAGUUCUUCCCUCUACCCUUCAAAUGUGCAGAGGAACUGUUGCUUGUAGUUGCUGACUGAAACUGCAGGAAGGGUUUCAGUUGCCUGCACAAGCAUCAGGUCGUUCCCAUGGUGUGGUUAAGCAGCAGAGGGAACUUCUGAAUGCCAGGUUCAAAUAUUCUCCAGGAGCACGAGGGGUAAGAAUACAUUUUCUCUAGUGUCUGAUGGUGUUUCUAAUUACUGUUGGUUUGGUUUGGUUUUUUUUUUCCUCCUUCUCACAGUCAUAAAUUGUAAUUCACUUCACUGCAGAGGCUGUUAGUGCAAGACAACCCCACGUCUGAAGUUUAGAGGAGACAUUUGAGUUGUUGCUUGAAGCAACUAGCAAAUGUGAACAGUUCCAGGCUAGGAGGGGAAAUGUGUCUUGAGCUUUUGGGCUUGGGAUAUCUCUCCUUGGCUUGGUUAUUUUGUCUUUUUUAAUUAUUAUUUGACAUACAAACUUGCUUAUGAAGCAGGGCUUUUGAAAACAGGGUUUUUUUGGCUUUUGAAAAUUUUUUUUCUCCUUUUACUGAUGCUUUUAUGGUUUGUCUAAAAGACAGUCUCCGUUUCACGUGGAAGUUGCAAGAGUUACUGAGAGGAAAACUGCUUUAAAAAUGGCCCUUCUUCAACCUAGUUGUCUGUUAAUCUGUUUCUCACUUCUUCAGGUGUUUUUGGUUGUUUGUAGAGCUGUGACAUGGCAAGGGAGGGAACUCUGAGCUCCUCUUUGUUGUGGAAAAGCAAGAGUGUAUUUACUGAUGUUUUUUUUUUCCUUUGGAGAGAUAAGCAGUCUAUCCUUAGCAAUAAACCUUUACAGCUGUAGCUAAUUAGAAGAGAAGGAGUUUGGGGUAAAGCUAUUUAUCUUCCCCCUCCCCUCAAGAAAAAAGCAAUGGAUGUUGAUGGUGUCCUAUAGGAGACAUCAAUGUAUAUGCUGAAAAGUGCCUUAAUUUGUAUUGAGGGCCUGGUCUUUUGUUGAAUGCCAAAAUAAACUGAAUUGAUGGAACCCAUUAACAAA